CCGCCAGAGCGCGUGCCUGCACCCAGCAACAGCUGACAGGCAGGGUGCGAGCGAGUGUUGCCUCCUCAAUCAGGUGAUAGCGCCACCGACGAGCGGCCACUGCCGUGCGGCAGACGGCCGCUUGCACGCGGGCGCUGGGCUGGGCAUACAUGUGGGGAGCCAUCGCAGGCAUUGCAGCCGCCUCUGUAGCCCUCGCCAUCCUCCAUCAGACUCUGGAGGCGACCGGAAGGGGCUCUGAAAAGCCGCAGAAGCCGUCGCAGCUGGCGCCCCCAGGCCCAGACUUCAAAAAGCAGCCAGACGGCAAGUGGACCGCCCCGCUCUGGGAGUCUGCCUCCGCCAAGGAAGCCCUGGCCAAGGCGCGGCGCGUGCUGCGCAAGAAGUGAGCCCCGGCAAGCAGCGGCGGGCGAAUGAUGCCGAUGGCGGCGGCGGCAGCUGCUGCCACCGCGGGCGUCGGGCCCCGCGCCGCCAGCAGAGGCAGGGCACCUGCCGCCGGCACAUCAUGGCAGGUGCCUGCCCAGCGCCGCCGGCGCGAGCCGCCGGCCGCCAGCCGCCAGCCGCCACCCCAGCCCGGCCGGCGGCAGCAGGGGCAGCAGGGGCAGGCGGCGGCCCCGCGGCGCUGCUGUCCAUGCAGGAGCGCCGGCAGCAGCAGCGGCGACCAGGGCAGCGGCAGCAGCCGGGAUGAGGAGCGGGGCGGGGAGCCGCAGGUGGACCAGUCGAUACGGGUCAAGUGCAUGCUGGCAGAGGGCUCCGGCAGGCUGGACCUGUCGGACUGCGAGCUCCAGGGCGUGCCGCCAGCCGCCUUCGACCUGCCCGAGCUGGAAGAGCUGUCGCUUGCCGGCAACCAGCUGCCCGAGCUGCCCGCCGACAUCAGCCGCCUGGCCAGCCUGUCUCGGCUGCAGCUGGCGGGCAACCAGCUGGCGGCGCUGCCUGCCGGCAUCUGCGCCCUCACCGCCCUGCGCGGCCUCUGGCUGCACGGCAACCUGCUGCGAGAGCUGCCCGCGGAGCUCGGGCGGCUGUCGGCGUUGACGCAGCUGUCGCUGAGCGGCAACCGCCUGGAGGCGCUGCCAGACGGCCUGUCGGGGCUGGUGGCGCUGCAGGAGCUGAGCUGCGCGGGCAACCAGCUGGCGGCGCUGCCCAGCAGCAUCGGGCGCCUGGCCAGCCUGCAGAAGCUGAGCCUGCACGGCAACCAGCUGCGGGAGCUGCCGUCCCACAUCGGCGGCCUGACCAGCCUGCAGGAGCUGAGCCUGCAGGGCAACCCGGGGCUUGCCUUCCUGCCUGACGCGCUGGGCACGCUGCCCGCGCUGCGCGACCUGUGCGCCGCCGACUGCGGCCUGGCGGCGGUGCCCUCCUCGCUGCGCGCCGCCCCCGUGCUCCACUCGCUGUCGCUCUACGGCAACUGCCUGCACGAGUUCCCAGCAGCGGUGCUGCAGGCGCCCAGCCUGCGCACGCUGUGGCUGGAGGGCAACCCGCUGACGCCCGAGGCCGUGGCCGGCCUGCUGUCCGCCCUGCCCGCCUCGGGGCUGACCGCGCUGGGGCUGGACGAGCGGCAGGC